AUGUGGAGAGCAGCACUAACAGAGCUUGUGGCAACUGCAACACUCAUGUUCAUCCUCACCAGCUGCAUCAUCUCCUGCCUAGAUUCCGACGUGGCCGACCCGAAGCUCUUGAUACCGUUCAUCAUCUUCGCCGUUGUCUUCCUCUUCCUCAUGGUGACUGUCCCGCUCUCCGGCGGUCACAUGAGCCCGAUCUUCACCUUUAUCGCCGCUCUAAAAGGCGUCAUCUCACUCACCCGAGCCGCCACCUACGUCGUGGCCCAGUGCAUUGGGUCCAUCAUGGGGUUCAUAGUAGUCAAAUGUGUAAUGAGCCAUGAAGAGGCGGCGAAGUACUCGUUAGGCGGUUGCACCGUCGUCGCUAAUGGUGCAGCCCCUGGUCUGGGCCCAUCAACUGCACUGAUGCUAGAGUUUGUGUGUACAUUUGUAGUGCUCUUCGUCGGUGUGACCGUCGCAUUCGAUCAACGACGGUGUGCGCAACUCGGUCUUACGACGGUGUGCGCCAUAGUGGCUGGUAUCAUGGGGCUAGUGGUGUAUGUAUCAGUGACCAUUACAGGGCAGCCGGCCUAUGCCGGCGUUGGGCUGAACCCAGCAAGGUGUUUGGGCCCGGCCAUCUUGCUCAAUGGACGGUUGUGGGAGGGGCACUGGGUGUUUUGGGUGGGCCCUUUCUUUGGAUGUAUUGUAUACUAUGGUUAUUCUAGGAACAUACCUAAUGGUUUGGUGAUGGGAGAUGGGGAGUUUGAUUUUGUAAAUAUGGUGGGCCGGUUGAUAGGGAGAUAG